AUGGUUGCAACUGAACAGUCUCUUCGUAAAGCAAAACGAGCUUUGACGCUACUAGCUGUCGCCUCGGCGGUUAGCAGCGUCGCGGUAGCCCGGGCAGCCUCUGUACCUGGAAGCUCGUGGUUGAAGCGACAAGAUUCCAGCACGGAUGCAGCGGCAGCGCACAUUCUCAAGCUCAUCUCUGCCGAGGGUCCGUAUGCUACCAUGACGGGUUCUGGAUCCGGUGCGAUCCAGUCGGCUGUGGGAUUGAGUGGUGAUGCUGGUGUCUCUUCGGUUGUUUCUUCUGCCGUGGCUAAUGCCACGUCGAACGCUUCUGCUGCGACGAGCUUGAGCGUGAUCGAGACGCCCACUGCGAUUGUUGAGGCGGUACAAGCCACGGCCUCGGCCUCGGCUUCAGCCAGCUCGAAUAAGAUCGCGAGUGGUACGCUUGAUGCGUUUCAGGAAUCGCUGCUCGAAUCGGCUUGGGAUGAAGCGAGCGGCAGCCGCGAGGGUGGUCUUCAGAGCUGGACGUACGAUCCUGGUGCAUACGGCUGUGGCUUAGGUGCUGGUGGUCCGCCUUUGGCUACGGCUACUCUCUGCCGUGUCAAUGCUGCUAGUGCUUCAUCGACGGUUGCUGUCUCGAAUCGUGCCGAGAAAGCUUCCAGCGACGGUGCGUUCCAGCCGGUUGCGCCUGCUUCUGUCACCGGUCAACGCCGUUCCAUCCCUACACCGGAGCCUCAGCCUCUCCGUCGACAGUACCCGAUCAGCGAGAACCCAGAAUCUUCAAGCUCGAACCUCUUCCCGCUCUUCACAUCGUAUAUCACUCUGGAACCUCCGACAACCACGCGCGUCGAUUUUGGCCCUACAUCGAACCUCAACACCACUAUUCCGCGACGUGGAAGCAACGAUUCGGGCAAUGGAGAAGCACCUGGAAACAUCAACAAUCCCAACUCGCCCGAUCUGGGCUGGCUUGACGUACAGGUGGGUAGCGUACCCUACAAAAACGGUGAUCUGAUCGCCAGCAUCGUCUGGAUUCUGGCCACGAUUGCUCUGAUUCCUUUGCUGCUGAUCCGGUUGUUGCGACGAUCCAGUUUGAUCUCGAUGAUCUUGUUUACCGUGAUCAUCUACAUGGUGUUGAUGCUGGCUACGUUUGGUAUUCGCGCCAAGAUUGCAAACAACACGCCCACCACGCCGCUGAUGAACGUGCAGGGAAUUGUCUUGGCUAUCCUAUUGCCGUUGUUGAUCGAACCGCUGUUGCAUCUGUUGGCACUUUACUCGAAGCAAUCCGGAAGGAGUACCGGUGUUCCACAGGCGAGUCUUGUUCUGCGUGUCCUCAACUUUAUCGUCUUCCUGCUCUUCCUGGUUGCCGCUGCGUACUACGCCAGCUGGCUGGAUAAGUGGAACAACGCGUUGAAGUUGACGCAAACCGCGCAGGAUUUGCCUCCGAUUAUUCCCCCCAAAGUGACGCGCAUCGCACCAGUCGUUGGAAGCGUCGUGGAGAUCAUUGUGAUCCUCGGAGCUGCUCUGUUGAUCCCUGUUGCGCGCGGUGACAGCGGAUCGGCGAAACCGGGCGGAUUCAUCUUUGUGCUCCUUCUCCUCCUUUUUGUCACUACCGUGUACCGACUGUUGCAAUCGUUGCACGCCACCACGCGCAUCUCAGCCGAACUCGGUGGAGAGCUCAACUCGAAAGAUCUGCUACCUUUCUUCCAAGGUGGAUCUGGCAGCUCCACUAGCGACAACCAGCGAGUGGCCAACGGCUUGAGUCUGGCACCGCAAGGAAUGUACGGCCCCAACUCGGAAGGCAUCGAUUGGAACCAAUUGCAGCUGACCAUGGCGAGCAGAGGUACACCUCAAACACCGCUCAUCUUCAACUUGGUCUACGUACUUCCCAUGUGGCUCAUGGUGUUCUUGCUCUUCUUUGCCCAUGCGCCAGCUGGCAAGAAGGACGAAGCUGCCCAGGGUGGCGCAGACGGAGCCGCUGUGGCAGUUGCUAAGGCUUGA